UUAUGAUCCUCUACUGCACUCUCAGUCACUGAUACCGAAAUAAAAUGCCUUAUAAAUAAUAAAGAAAUAAACAAAUCAGCGUUAAAACCAUCUCCGCAGUCAGGUCGUCGAACAGCAGCGCGACUCUGUCCUCAUGCGUGUCCAUGGAGCCCUGCGUGCCUGAUGAACUCUUCCAGUCACACAGCCACGCCGAACACACCUUCAAGCGUAUGGAGACGUACCUAAGGACACGCAAACUAUGCGAUGUGGUGCUUGUAGCCGGGGACCGCAAAAUUCCUGCGCACAGGUUAGUCUUGUCCUCCGUGUCAGACUACUUUGCAGCAAUGUUCACCAGCGAUGUCCGGGAGGCCAAGCAAGAGGAGGUGAAGAUGGAAGGAGUGGAUCCAGAUGCAUUGUGGGUUUUGGUGCAGUAUGCGUACACAGGGCGGUUGGAGUUGAGGGAGGACACGAUUGAGGCUCUGCUGUCAGCUGCGUGUUUGCUGCAGCUCUCGGCUGUAGUUCAGGCCUGCUGUAGUUACCUGAUGAAGCAGCUGCACCCAUCCAACUGCCUGGGAAUCCGCUCGUUCGCCGACGCCCAGGGCUGCCAGGACCUGCACAAAGUGGCCCACAACUACACCAUGGAACACUUCCUGGGUGUGAUGAAAAAUCAGGAGUUUCUGCUGCUCCCAGCGUGUGAGGUGGAGAAGCUCUUGGUGUCAGAUGAUAUGAAUGUUCCGGAUGAGGAGACCGUGGUGUCGGCUCUGCUGAGCUGGGUGCGGUACGAUCCUGCCAAUCGCCAGUCACAGCUCCCUGCACUGCUUCAACACAUCCGCCUGCCUCUGCUCAAACCCCAGUUUUUAGCGGACAUGGAGGCCAACCCGCUGCUGAGGGACAGCGUGGAGUGCCAGCGCUUGGUCAUGGAGGCGAUGAAGUACCACCUGCUGCCCGAGCGCCGGCCGCUUCUGCAGAGCCCGAGGACACGGCCACGAAAGGCCACCGUCGGGACACUGUUCGCCGUCGGGGGCAUGGAUGCCACCAAGGGAGCAACAAGUAUGGAGCAAUACUGCGUGCGGCGGGAUACGUGGCGACAGGUGGGCGUGCUGAGCGGGCGGAGACUGCAGUUCGGAGUGGCCGUCAUCGACCAGCGCCUUUACGUGGUGGGCGGCCGUGAUGGCCUCAAAACCCUCAACACGGUGGAGUGCUACAACCCACGCAGCAACACGUGGAGUGUCAUGCCUCCCAUGGCCACGCACCGCCACGGUCUGGGUGUAGCAGUAUUGGAGGGCCCCAUGUAUGCAGUAGGAGGUCAUGAUGGUUGGAGUUAUCUGAGCACAGUGGAGCGCUGGGAUCCUCAGGCCAGACAGUGGAGCUUUGUCGCCUCUAUGGCCACGCCCCGGAGCACAGUGGGCGUCGCCGUGCUUAACAGCAAGCUGUACGCAGUAGGAGGGAGAGACGGCAGCUCGUGUCUGAAGUCAGUCGAGUGUUUCGAUCCUCACACUAAUAAAUGGAGUGCGUGCGCUCCCAUGGCCAAGCGCAGAGGUGGCGUCGGCGUGGCAACCUGGAAUGGCUUCCUCUAUGCCAUCGGCGGCCAUGACGCCCCAGCGUCCAGCCUCGCGUCCCGGCUGUCUGACUGCGUCGAGAGGUACGAUCCAAAGACGGACACGUGGACUGCCGUGGCCCCGAUGAGCGUCAGUAGGGACGCCGUGGGGGUGUGUUUACUCGGGGACCGCCUGUAUGCUGUGGGAGGGUACGACGGCCAGGUCUACCUGAACACAGUGGAAGCAUACGACCCCCAGACCAACGAGUGGACUCAGGUGGCGCCGUUGUGCUUGGGCAGAGCCGGAGCCUGUGUGGUUGCUGUCAAGCUGUGAUGCUCUGCUCCUGAGGACUGUUACCGUGGUGAUUUUUGUACAGUAACCUUGUAGCUUUCUCAUUGGACAUGGAGGCAACGGAACGACUUGAACAAACACACACAUUAAUCUGGAUCAGGAGGAGUGCUAAAGAUUCAUUGUGAGAACAUCUCAGAGAUGUGGGUGGGACACACACACACACACACACACACACACAGGUAAACCAGGAUGUUCAAUGUUCAUUUCUUUCAUUGAGCCACUGAUGAGGAUUUCCUCCUCAUGUCUUGGGAUCCUUUUUUUUCUUUCAUCACUUAUUUCUCAUUCUGUGAGAAAACAAGGAGUGGUAGACUGAACAGUGGGAUGAAUGAGUGAGAGAAGGAUGGAUGAACGACAAGUAAGAGGACAAGAAAAAACUAGGAAUGGAAGGGUGAACAAAUAGGCAGAUGGUUGGGUUAGAAAAAACAACAAGGAAUAGGACGAAUAGUUGGGAGAUGGAUGAAUGAAUGGAUGAGGAGAAAUAAGAAGUGCAAAAAGUGUUUGAAUGAAAGGGAUGGAUGGCCUGUAGCAGGAAUGUUAUACGUCCUCUUUUCCUUUCCUUCUCUUAUAUUUUGUCGUUUCUUCUCCAUUUUUUUCUGAUUGAUUAUUUUGAGUCAUGUGCCUUAAUUUAUGUGGCCUUGUUUAUUUACUUUGCAAUGAGAAAUCUAUGAAGUGUGUGUGUGUGUGUGUGUGUGUGUGUGUGUGUGUGUGUGUGUGUGUGUGUGUGUGUUCGUUCAUGCAAUGCAGAGGAAAUUGGGGAAUAGACAUCAAGCCGAGGAAAUUAAAUGCUUGCCAGCAGAACAUGUAGUGCAGACAUGUGUGUGUGUGAGAAAGAGAGAGAGAGAGACAUUCUAAUUUUUAAGAUUUUUUCCUCUUGCUCGUGGGCUUCAGUCUGUCAGCGUGUCUUACUCAGACUGUCAGCCAUACUGCACGGAAGUCUCUAGAAACCAAGUUCACAACACCAGGGCAACCGCUGCAAGGCAUUCUGGGCUGUGAAUAUUAAAAAGAUGUGCUGCUCAGCUGACACACCGACAACCAGUGCUAUUACUGCAUUAACUACAUGAAUAAAUAAUGCUAACCAGUGAAA